AUGGUCCGGCAAGGGCCUUAUUUUCAAUAUCAGGAAACCGGUGGACUCACGCCCAGGCUGUGCUGUGCGACCGGAGACGCUCUGCCCAGCGAGGCAUAUAAGAGGGAGGAGGACAAGAGCAGUAGUAGUAGGUCAGCGGGAGGGAACAGUAACCGGGGAAGCUGGAAAGAAUGGGUUGAAACAUCUGUAAGGCAUGAUUAUCCCGGGAUAUUCCCCGGUAAAGCCAAUAACCUUUCCAGCUCCGAGCGAGCGAAGAAAAGGGAGGCACACCCCCGAUCCGAAGCUCAAAAUGGUCGAGCCGAGGUUCUAGAAUGCAAUGCUGAGUCCAAUCGAGGCGACUUCUCUCGAUGGGCGCCUUGCGGCAGCAAAUUAACCAGCCCGCGAGCUGAGUCCAAGCGGGCUCCCCGAUGUCGUGCUGCAGAGACAGCUGAGCGUCACCAAAACGACGACGCCGUAGCCUACCAUUCCAAAAACCGAGAGCGAAAUCCGUGA